AUGCAAAUCCUGGCAGAAGACUUGAAGGGUUUGUGUGUUGAGAUUAAUGGCACGCGGAGGCCAGUGCGUUUCUUCGGUAUGAAAGGAGAUCUCAAGUGGCUCGCCAGCACCGAAGACCCGCGAGACGGGCCGACAUAUCUGGCUGCGGGCUCCGUGCAUUAUUUGAAUCUGCAUCCUGAUUCGGGCUGGCGCGAUAGCGAUGAGUUUCGCCAGACAAUGAGCAGCCUGCAAGUGCCACCACCUAUCGUCAACAUGGAUGGGUUCACGAACUCUUUGAUUUUUGACGACACGCUUCACGUCGCCUAUCGUGGAUUCGCUCCCGAUUUUUUGGCGAGCACCUUAAUCUGCAUCUUUGGCCGCGGCAUGGCGUUGCAAGCAGCGUGCAAUAUGGCUGGUGAUUGGGCGCGGGCGCGCGGCUACUAUCUGAGCAUUGACGAGUUUAGCUUGUCGGACGACAAGUUUCCGUCGCUCAAUGCUAAGGGCUGGGAGAUCAAGCUCCUGUGCCUUUGGAUA